UCAAAAAGUUUAGACAAGCCAGUGAGAUAGAGAGAGACGCAACUGGCUCAUGUAGAGACGAGUGAAAGAGAAAAAUCAAUGAUUACUAUAGUUGUACAUUAUUACAAUGCAUAAUGUAUCUAGUCGGUUGAUUAUUUAUUACUACUAUUACUGUUAUAAAUAGAAGUACGUCACAAACGAUCGUCCGGAUCUUUCGAGUUCUGAUCAGCUAGACUGACGAUAAGUCCGAUUUUUCAAUUCUACAUUUCCGGUUCACUGGUGGCUGUUGAGAUAAUUACGAUUUGUUUUAUUAUAUACCUACUUACCGAUUGCUCUGUCCCUGUUUUACCUUCAGUUUGGUCCUUGUACAUCCAAUUUGGCGGUCAGUGAGAAGAAUGUCAAAAAUGAACAACAAAAGUAUUGCCGGUCAGCGACUGGACUACUAUCACAAGAUAGUCCAAAAUAUCAUACUGUGCCACCAGAAUCCAGUGACGGGCUUGUUUCCAGCCAGCCCAAGUAAUUCUGAUGCUUGGAUCAGAGACAAUGUUUAUACGGUAUUGGCUGUAUGGGGCUUAUCUAUGGCCUGUAAAAAAAUGGCAGAUAUGGAUGAAGACCGAGCAAAAACUUAUGAACUUGAACAGAGUUGUGUGAAAUUGAUGCGUGGGUUAUUAAUGGCAAUGAUGCAGCAAAAAGAUAAAGUAGAGCAAUUUAAAGUUUCCCAAAAUCCAUUACAUUCUUUACAUGCUAAAUAUAGUUCUGCAACAGGGCAAACAGUUGUUGGUGAUAACGAAUGGGGACACUUACAAAUUGAUGCUAUUUCAUUAUAUUUACUGAUACUAGCACAGAUGACAGCAUCAGGUCUUCAAAUUGUAUUUAACUUGGAUGAAGUGUCUUUUAUUCAAAAUUUAGUAUUUUAUAUUGAAUCUGCAUAUUGUAUACCGGAUUAUGGUGUAUGGGAGCGAGGUGAUAAAUCAAAUCAUGGUUUACCUGAAUUAAAUGCAAGUAGUAUUGGAAUGGCUAAAGCUGCUCUGGAAGCAAUGAAUGAUUUAGAUUUAUUUGGUGCACGAGGUGGGCCAUUUUCUGUGAUACAUAUAUUGUCAGACGAAGCGCAAAAAUGUCAUGCAGUAUUACAAUCUAUGCUACCAAGAGAAUCAAAUUCAAAAGAAUUAGAUAGCAGUCUUUUGUCAGUCAUUAGUUUCCCGGCUUUUUCAGUUGAUGAUCCACAACUGAUUGAGUUGACAAGAAAUGCUAUUGUAUCCAAUUUGAUGGGCAAAUAUGGUUGUAAGCGAUUUUUAAGAGAUGGCCACAAAACUCCGCGUGAAGAUCCUAAUAGACUUCAUUAUGACCUUCAUGAACUGAGGGUGUUUGAAAAAAUUGAAUGUGAAUGGCCAUUAUUUUUUUGUUAUCUUAUACUAGAUAAUUGUUUUCAAAAUGAUACAGUAACUGCAAAUUUUUAUGUUGAUGCUUUAGAAAAGGUAAUGAUAGAUUCUGAAGAUGAUAUUAAACUUGUGCCUGAAUUGUAUGCAUUGGAGAGUGAAAACAUAGAUGCAGAAAUUGAAAAUCCAGGGAGUCAAAAACGAAUAGCAUUAGGAAGAUGUCCAUUUUUAUGGGCACAGUCACUCUAUAUGCUUGGAAAACUUUUGCAAGAAAAUUUUCUAGCUGUUGGGGAACUAGAUCCAUUAAAUAGGCGUCUAUGUUUGGAAAAAAAACCUGAUGUUGUUGUACAAGUAGUUGUGUUAGCUGAAGAUAAUGCAAUUCGUGAUCUACUUCUACAACAUGAUAUUGCUGUUCAAACCAUAAGUGAAGUUUCACCAAUUGAAGUGCAGCCUUCAACUGUUCUAAGUCAUCUUUACACAUAUUUAGGCCGAAAUGAAAAACUUGGAUUAUCUGGAAGAAAAUCUCGUGAUGUUGGAAUUCUUAGUACCAGCAAAUUAUAUACAUUGCAAGAUCGAAUAUUUGCCUUCACUCCACAGAUUACAGAUCGUCAAAGGUAUUACAUUGCAUCUGACAAUAAUCUGUUGAUAGAUUUAUUUAAGAAUGAAAUAAACUUCUUAAAAUCUAGUUGGCAAAACCUAUUAGGCCGACCCACAGUUGUUAUUGUUAUAAAAAAACUGCAUUAUGAUCAAGGUAAAAUUCCUUUAGCUGUUAUAACAACAAUCAAAAAAUUAAAAAGUGGAUAUAUUAACGGAACUAGAGUAACAUUGGGAAAUCUUAAUGGCUUCCUUAGUACUUCCUGUGUUACAAAUCUUAGUUUCUUAGGCAGUCAAGAAAUUGGAAUGCCAUAUAAGCUUAAUACAGAGGUAGAACAAUAUUUAGAUGAGCAUAUUAUCAAAAGUUUUACAAAUCAAUCUACUUUAUUAACCUGUAUACCUAGUAAAAAUUCGAAAAUAAAAAGAAAAAUGUCUGUUAAAGGAGCUAUUAAGAAAACAAGAUCAUUUAUGCUUGAUGCUGAAGAACGACGCAUUCAAGUUGCUGAAACUCUGGCUGUUUCAAAAUUAUUAGCACAAAGAAGUCCAUCUCCUGAUAAUAAUGUAGUAGUAAUGCCAACUAAAAGAGAGCACCAUCGUCCUCGACUCCAUAGCCGCUUUAAGGCAAGUACAGAGUUGCUGUGUGCUGAAGCUGAAUUGGAUGGUAUUUUAUCUAUGUUAAGUGAAUCAGAUUUAGAAGAAAAAGGAGAUAUUUUACAAUAUUUAGUGGACACUUAUGGUUUAGAAUAUGAUACAGGAAUGAAGGAAGACUGUAAACCAGUUUUAGUUAAAGAUUUAUUAAAAUUACUUUAUGAAAAGGCAUGUCAACAAAACCAUUGGGGUUUAGUUAGACAUACAGCUGGAAUGUUAGGUAAACGUGUAGAAGAUUUAGCUAAAGCUUUAACAGAUCUUUUGGUUCGUCAAAAACAGGUAACUAUAGGUAUGCCUCCAUUUAAUGAGCAUACAAUAUCUACACCUUUACCUGAAGGAGAAUUACGACAAGUAAUUCAUGAUGCUUAUGGAGAUGAUGAAAGUACAGCCAUGUUAACACAAGAACUUUUAGUUUAUUUGGCUAUGUUUGUGCGAACUGAACCACAACUGUUUUUGGAAAUGUUAAGGCUUCGAGUUGGUUUGAUUAUACAAGUCAUGGCCGGUGAAUUAUCUAGAACAUUAAAUUGUUCAGGAGAAGAAGGUUCCGAACAUUUAUUUAAUUUAUCACCAUUUGAAAUGAAAAAUCUAUUACAUCAUAUCAUGAGUGGAAAAGAAUUUAUAUUAAGUAGUGUGGGGCGUGGUAAUUUUUCAGUAAUAAGCUACAAAUCAAGCCAUGUCAGUAAGAAAAGCCAAAUCGAAGGGUUAUUGUUGACUGAUAAAUCAGAAGUCAACAGUGAUGCAUUAGAGAGUGAUCGUCAAGGUCAGUGGUUACGGCGUAGACGUUUAGAUGGAGCAUUAAAUCGAGUACCUCGAGAAUUCUAUAAACGUGUUUGGAUUAUCUUAGAAAAGUGUUGUGGAAUAGCUAUUGAUGGAAAACUCCUAUCACAGAGCCUAACUCAAGAAAUGACAUCCGGCGAGUUAAAAUUUGCUUUAGCUGUAGAAACCAUACUGAACUGGAUUCCACAUCCUGAGUAUAGACAACUGAUAGUUGAGACAUUGAUGAUAUUUACGCUCUAUGCUGAACAAGAAAUUUCACCUACUCCACAUAGAAUAAUAACAAUUGAAGAUUUUGUACAUAAAGCUAAUGAAUUGUUUUUACAAGAUCAAAUUGCUAUUAAUGGAGAUGCCACUUUGUGUUGUGCAAAAGUACACAAAGAACUUACCCAAGGUGGUUCACUGUUGUGUGGUGGUGCUGCUUAUAUAUGUCAACAUUUCUAUGACAGUGCCCCAAGUGGGAGUUAUGGAACAAUGUCAUACAUUAUUAGAGCAAUUGCCUAUGUCUUAGAAGAUUCUUUAGGACUAACUGAUGUUGACUGUUCUAUUUCAUGAUUUUAUUCUUUAGUUUUGUUUAAAAAAAAUGUAGUGUUAUACUAUAUUAAUGAUUGUUAGAAUUUUAAUUCUGUUUGAAAGUAACAUAGUCAUAGCUUUAUUAAAUUAUCAUGAAGAAGAAUUCCUAUCAUAUUGUUUAUGCAUACAGUUAUUAUUGUCUAAUUGAUACUAAAAUUGUAUAUUUGAUAAUUUUAACUAUACUUUAGUUAUUGAUUGUUUAUAUAAUAACUAAAAAAAAAAUAGAAGAAAUAAUAUAGUUGAAUAAAGGUAGUGAUUAAUAAGAGAAAAUUGUGUUGAAAAUGUAUGAGUACAAACAUUUAUAAAUAAUACUUAAAAAAAUAUAAUUAUGACAAUAUUAAAAUGUAUAAAUUAUAAUUAAGA